AAACAUCAAUAUAUAUGUUUUGUUUUGAUUUUGCGGAUUUUGAAGAUUUUGCAGGAUUCAAGAUUCAAUUCGAAACAAAGCAGAGACCAAUCUUUACAUCAAAUUAUUCAAAAUAGUGUAAAAAAUGGAAGAACAGGUCGACCAGAUAUUAGAUAAAGUAAUGUCUAGCCCUGGAAAUGUUGGAUGUCUUCUGGCUAACAAUCAAGGACUCUGCAUCGGUGCAAGGGGGAGUGCAUCUGAAAAGACAGCUGGGAUAAUUGUCGCAAUUUCCGAGCAAGCCUCUAAGUUGGAUCCUAACUGUAAUGCACCUGUUGUGUCCCUGGAAGUCGGCGAUAAAUUGUGUAUUAUUCAUAAAAAUGGCAUCACGGGAGCUGUUUACAAGCAAAAAUAGAUGAUAACAAUAACAA